CCCCGCUCCCUCCUCCCGCCCGCGCCCCGCGCUCCGUCGCCAACUCGGAGCCCCGGCGCGGCGGGCGGCGGGCAGCAUGCUGAGCCUCCUCGUCUGGAUCCUCACUCUCUCCGACACUUUCUCCCAAGGGACCCAGACCCGCUUCAGCCAGGAGCCGGCCGACCAGACUGUGGUGGCAGGACAGCGGGCCGUGCUCCCCUGCGUGCUGCUCAACUACUCGGGCAUCGUGCAAUGGACCAAGGAUGGGCUGGCGCUGGGCAUGGGCCAGGGCCUCAAAGCCUGGCCGCGGUACCGGGUCGUGGGCUCUGCCGAUGCCGGGCAGUACAACCUGGAGAUCACGGACGCCGAGCUGUCUGAUGACGCCUCCUACGAGUGCCAGGCCACGGAGGCCGCCCUGCGCUCGCGGCGGGCCAAGCUCACCGUGCUCAUCCCCCCAGAGGACACCAGGAUCGACGGCGGCCCUGUGAUUCUGCUGCAAGCGGGCACCCCCCACAACCUCACGUGCCGAGCUUUCAACGCCAAGCCGGCCGCCACCAUCAUCUGGUUCCGGGAUGGGACGCAGCAGGAGGGCGCUGUGGCCAGCACGGAACUGCUGAAGGAUGGGAAGAGGGAGACCACCAUCAGCCAGUUGCUCAUUAACCCCACAGACCUGGACAUUGGGCGUGUCUUCACCUGCCGCAGCGUGAACGAGGCCACCCCGACUGGCAAGGAGACUUCCAUCGAGCUCGACGUGCACCACCCUCCCACAGUGACCCUGUCCAUUGAGCCACAGACGGUACAGGAGGGGGAGCGCGUUGUCUUCACUUGCCAGGCCACAGCCAACCCUGAGAUCCUGGGCUACAGGUGGGCCAAGGGCGGCUUCUUGAUUGAAGAUGCCCACGAGAGUCGCUAUGAGACAAAUGUUGACUAUUCCUUCUUCACGGAGCCUGUGUCAUGUGAGGUUCACAACAAAGUGGGGAGCACCAAUGUCAGCACCUUAGUAAACGUUCACUUUGCCCCCCGGAUCGUAGUUGACCCCAAACCCACGACCACAGAUAUUGGCUCUGAUGUGACCCUCACCUGUGUCUGGGUGGGGAAUCCCCCCCUCACCCUCACCUGGACCAAAAAGGAUUCAAACAUGGGGCCCAGGCCUCCUGGCUCCCCACCCGAGGCUGCUCUCUCUGCCCAGGUCCUGAGUAACAGCAACCAGCUGCUGUUGAAGUCAGUGACCCAGGCCGAUGCGGGCACGUACACCUGCCGGGCCAUCGUGCCUCGGAUCGGUGUGGCCGAGAGGGAGGUGCCGCUUUACGUGAACGGGCCCCCCAUUAUCUCCAGCGAGGCGGUGCAGUACGCUGUCAGGGGUGACGGGGGCAAGGUGGAGUGUUUCAUCGGGAGCACGCCGCCCCCAGACCGCAUUGCCUGGGCAUGGAAGGAGAACUUCCUGGAGGUGGGGACCCUGGAGCGCUACACGGUGGAGAGGACCAACUCGGGCAGUGGGGUGCUGUCCACGCUCACCAUCAACAAUGUCAUGGAGGCAGACUUUCAGACGCAUUACAAUUGCACAGCUUGGAACAGCUUUGGGCCCGGCACGGCCAUCAUCCAGCUGGAAGAGCGAGAGGUGCUGCCCGUGGGCAUCAUUGCCGGGGCCACCAUCGGUUCGGGCGUCCUGCUCACAUUCUUCUUCAUCGCCUUGGUGUUCUUCCUCUACCGCCGCCGCAAAGGCAGUCGCAAGGACGUGACCCUGAGGAAGCUGGACAUCAAGGUGGAGACUGUGAACCGCGAGCCACUUACGAUGCAUUCAGACCGGGAGGAUGAUACAGCCAGCGUGUCCACUGCGACUCGGGUCAUGAAGGCCAUCUACUCGUCCUUCAAGGACGACGUGGACCUGAAGCAGGACCUGCGCUGCGACGCCAUGGACACGCGGGAGGAGUACGAGAUGAAGGACCCCACCAACGGCUACUACAACGUGCGCGCCCACGAGGACCGGCCGGCAUCGCGGGCCGUGCUCUACGCGGACUACCGCGCCCCCGGGCCCGCGCGCUUCGACGGGCGCCCGGCCUCGCGCCUCUCGCACUCGAGCGGCUACGCGCAGCUCAGCUCGUACAGCCGCGCCCCCGCGUCCGACUUCGGCCCCGAGCCCGCCGCCCCCGGGCCCGCAGCCCCCGCCGGCGCCGACUCGGCCGGCACGUUGUCCUAUGAGAACUACGACAAGUUCAACCCGCACCCCUUCCCCGCGGCGGCGGGCUACCCCACCUACCGACUGGGCUACCCCCAGGCGCCGCCGUCCGGCCUGGAGCGGACCCCGUUCGAGGCGUACGACCCGAUCGGCAAGUACGCCACGGCCACCCGCUUCUCCUACACCUCGCAGCACUCGGACUACGGGCAGCGGUUCCAGCAGCGCAUGCAGACUCACGUGUAGGCCUGGAGCCCGGCCGGGGCGCCUCUGCGGGGCAGAGGACGAGGCUCUCACAGCCGUUCCCUGAUAUUCAGGGGCGUUGCGCGUCGCUCCCGGCCCGGACCAGCCUUCCUCCGCCGCCGCCGCCGCUGCGGCAGGUGGGGAGCAGGUCUCCCGGAAACACCCCGUCCCGAGGAUGGUGCUCUGUGCAUGCCCCAGCCUCCUGGGCCUGCCCUUCCCUCUUCUUCGGGAGGACGUGUCUCUUCUGACCUGUGCUCUCGCCUGGCCCCAGCACGGGAACAGGGAAGCGAAGGUUGUGGAGAGCAGAGGGGGCACUUUUUAGCAUUCCCAUUCUGCCCCACCCCUUUGGUCUCCCCUAAGUGGACAGGGAUGUGUGACGAUGAGCAGGCGUUGGCCUAGGGGGACACGCAGUGGCGGGUGGGGGUGGCCCAGGCACAGAUAUGUGGAAACACAUUUGCCUGGCCAGCCCCUCUGUCCUCUGCAUUCACACCCCGGCAGCAUCCUUCCUUCCGCGACUGCAGAAGGGACCUUGGAUUGAUUUUAGCUGUCCACAGAACAGCCCUGGCACUGAGUUCAGAUCCGGCCCUCGUUCAGCUGGGAUUAAAGGGCCAGCUGUCCUGGCUGCUCAUCAUGGACACCUGUCUGUCAGCAGAGGAUCCAGAUCCGCCCUUUCUCUGUCCUCUGUGCAGGGCCAGCCAGUUAGAUCACGGGGUCCCCAUGCAGAAAGGAACGGUGGGGGAACCAUGUCCUGACUCACCAGCAGGAAGGCUGUGUGCUUCAAAGCAGUUUCCAGAACCCCCUCUAGAGGAGCCCCUUCCCUCCUCAGCCUGCCCUGUAUCCUGGCUUUAACUCUUGAGCCUGUCUGGGGAGUGGUGGUGUGAGGGCCGGAUGCUAUAGGCUAUUUUUCAAAGACAACAAAAAACAAUGAAAACCUCAUUUGGGGAGAAAAAAAAAGCUGUAGGGAAUCCCCAGCCCCAAGUCCCAGUGGGAAGGAAAGGGGGCACCUGCUCUCCUCCAGAUUCCUAGCACCGUCCAUUACUCUGAAUUUCCAAGCACUUUGAAUCCAUUUUUAAACAUUCAGGUGGUAAGACCUGUCCCCGAUGGGCUCUGACAGGCUUAGGGAGGGGGCCUGGCUCUCAAGACUGCUUGUCCUGCCCACCAGCUGGUCGGGGAGGCUACCUUCCGGGGGCAUGGGUGAUAGGCUCUUCAGACAGGUUUUGGUUUGUUAAGUGUCUUUUUUUUUUCUUGGACCAAUCAAAUUCCUUCUUCCACUUUCA